AUGAAAACAGAGAGCGGAGGAGUCCCACGCUGCCACUGGGGGCUCUUCCACUGGGGGCUCUUCCACUCAGUCAUGGGGUCAGUGCAGACACAAAGGCCCAAAGCUCCACAGAGACCGAGGCUGGAGAGUCGUGUUUCAGCCUCUGCCAUGACGCCCAGAGCAGGAGCUGACGGAUCACCAUCUGCAGACGCAUUCUUCAUGUUCGGGCUGCGGGCUCAUGACACUCAGACACAAACUCACGCACAUCUGCCCAUAGUAGGCCGACUGUAG